GAGAAGACCGCUUGGAUCCUCCUCCUCAAUCAGUGUCACGAUCACAGGAUGGGGAGGGCGGGCAGAUGGCUUGCCUUUUGCACCGACGUGCCCACCAGCAAGCCCUUUCCUCCUCACCCUGCAACUAUCUUUUAACCUUCCCCACGAAGCGACCAGGCGAGCACCUUCCGAGGGCUUUUGCAUUUAAUAUACCGCAAAGCUGUACCCUCCGGCUUGGGGGGUUAUGAAUGGGUGCAGCGGAAGCACCUCCCACUCCGGACGUGACGCCCAGCCAAUCGGCGAGCAGGCUGCGUGGAUGGAUGAGGUCAGCGCCGUGGUGUCGGGGAAUGGAAUGUUGUAAGUGUAAUAUUCAGAACCGGUUAACGUUCGGCGAUCGAAUUCUGCGAUCGGCAACGUUCGAAGAGGAGCAAGCAGCCUCCCUUGCGCGCCCUCCCCUCCGCUUUCCCCCUCUGGGCUUCUGUGGCUCGCCAGUAGCUGAAAUGAAUGGUUGAGAGGGGCGGGGGCUAAGAAGAAGAAAAAGAGGAGGAGGAGGAGGCGGUGGCGAAGGAAGGAAGGAGGAGAAGAGGAGGAGGAGGAUCCUUCGUUGGUUCCAUCCUGGGGGCCAUCCACACUGAGAUCGCCGAGCAGCAUACGGAGCCCCCGAGCCAUGGAGCCGCUGCAAAAAGGAAGGAAAGAGAAAUGCAGGGAUUCGUAAGGUUACGGCGCUCGGGCUGGAAGAUGUAAUCCCGGAUGGUGCUAACACCGUGAACCGGGGCGGGCUGUUGCUGCUGCUGCUGCUGCUGCUGGAUACCGACUUGCUCUGAAGCCGGGUGCAUCGGUCUCUCUCUCUUUCUCCCUCUCUCUCUCCCCCCCUUCCUGGUUUGUGUUUUGUUUUUUUAAACAUUGCAGGAAUGUUUUGUAUGAGUUGAAGUUGCCGCUGCUGCUGGUACACCUUGAUCAUCUGCAAACACCGGCUCAGUGUAUGUGCGAGUGUAUGAGAAGGAGGGAGGAAGAGAGAGAGAGAGAGAGAGAGAGAGAGAGGGCGGGACAAAUUUCUCAGUCUUGCAACAGCAGAUUGGAGGGCGAAAGGGAGCUGGACUCGGUGGUUUCAUUUUGUCAGACCUGGUCCUCUUCUUCCUCGCUCCUUCCUCGCCGUCUGCAUGCGGGAGAAUUCCUCGCCUCCCUUUGCCAAGCCGCGCUGGGCGUGAUUCUUCUCUGCCUGCCGCUGUCUGCCUUCCCUUCUCUCGGUCUUCCCCGCUUCCUCUCUCUCUCGCUACCCCCUCCCCCCAAAUCCUCUAUUGUGCGAGCCAAAGAUGAAAGACAGGAGGGGAGAAAGUUAAAGAAAUCGCCCACAUGCGCUGCAUCAGUCCAAGGCUUUGGGAAAGGAAUAAAGAGAAGGUGGGAGAAGAGAGUUUAAAGUCUUUGCAGGCGGGAAGAUGGCGGACUCAAGCUGAAAGUGUCGAUUGGCAAACUUGGGCGAUCUUUGUGUUUAUUUACAAUCAUCUUGACCCAGAUAGGACACAUGCAGGCCAAAAAACGCUAUUUCAUCCUGCUCUCCGCCGGCACUUUCGUCGUCCUUCUCUUUUACUUCGGAGGCGUGCAGUUCAAAGCAUCCAGGAACCAAAGCAGGCGGGAGGCGCACAGUAGCGGCGGCAGGAAUGGCUUGCAGCACACCAGCCCUGAGCACUACUGGCCCCGAUUCCCGGACGCUCUGCGCCCCUUCGUUCCUUGGGACCAGCUGGAGAACGAGGAGUACAAUGCGCACACUUACCCCUGGCAGAAGCGCGACGCCAACGCCAGCGUCUACAAAGGCAAGAAGUGCCGCAUGGAGUCUUGCUUCGAUUUCGCCCGGUGCAAGAAGAACGGCUUCAAGGUUUACGUCUACCCGCAGCAGAAAGGGGAGAAAAUAGCAGAAAGUUACCAAAACAUCCUCGCGGCCAUUGAAAGCUCCCGGUUUUAUACUUCCGAUCCCAGCCAAGCUUGCCUGUUUGUCCUGGGCUUGGAUACCUUAGACAGAGACCAGCUGUCCCCUCAGUACGUGCACAGCCUGAGGUCCAAAGUGCAGAACCUCCACUUGUGGAACAACGGUAGGAAUCAUUUAGUUUUUAAUUUAUAUUCCGGCACCUGGCCUGACUACACCGAGGACGUGGGGUUCGACAUCGGCCAGGCCAUGUUGGCCAAAGCCAGCAUCAGUACUGAAAACUUCCGGCCGAAGUUUGACGUUUCUAUCCCGCUCUUUUCUAAGGAUCACCCGAGGACAGGAGGGGAAAAGGGCUUCCUGCGGUUUAACACCAUUCCUCCGCUCAGGAAGUACAUGUUGGUAUUCAAGGGGAAAAGGUACCUGACUGGGAUAGGGUCCGACACCAGGAAUGCCUUAUAUCAUGUCCAUAAUGGGGAGGAUGUUGUCCUCUUGACCACCUGCAAGCAUGGUAAAGACUGGCAAAAGCACAAGGAUUCACGGUGCGAUAGAGACAACGCAGAGUAUGAGAAGUAUGAUUAUCGUGAAAUGCUGCACAAUGCCACUUUCUGUCUGGUCCCCCGUGGCCGGAGGCUUGGAUCCUUCAGGUUCCUGGAGGCCCUGCAGGCUGCCUGUGUUCCUGUGAUGCUCAGCAACGGAUGGGAGUUGCCAUUCUCUGAAGUGAUUGAUUGGAAUCAAGCUGCCGUCAUAGGGGAUGAGAGAUUGUUAUUACAGAUCCCUUCCACAAUCAGGUCUAUCCAUCAGGAUAAAAUCCUAGCACUUAGACAGCAGACACAGUUCUUGUGGGAGGCUUAUUUUUCUUCGGUUGAGAAGAUUGUAUUGACCACACUAGAGAUUAUUCAAGACAGAAUAUUUAAGCACAUAUCACGUAACAGCUUAAUAUGGAAUAAACACCCCGGAGGUUUAUUUGUACUGCCACAGUAUUCAUCAUAUCUGGGAGAUUUUCCUUACUAUUAUGCUAAUCUAGGUGUCAAGCCCCCAUCCAAAUUCACUGCUGUUAUCCAUGCAGUUACUCCUUUAGUUUCUCAGUCUCAACCUGUGCUGAAACUCCUGGUUGCUGUAGCCAAAUCCCAGUACUGUGCCCAGAUCAUUGUCUUAUGGAAUUGUGAUAAGCCCCUUCCUGCCAAGCACCGUUGGCCUGCCACUGCUGUGCCUGUCAUUGUCAUUGAAGGAGAGAGCAAGGUUAUGAGCAGUCGUUUCCUGCCCUACGAGAACAUUGUCACAGAUGUUGUUCUAAGCCUCGAUGAGGAUACGGUGCUUUCAACCACUGAGGUGGAUUUUGCCUUUACGGUUUGGCAGAGCUUCCCAGAGAGGAUUGUAGGCUACCCUGCCCGCAGCCAUUUUUGGGACAACACCAAGGAGAGGUGGGGCUACACAUCUAAAUGGACUAAUGACUAUUCCAUGGUAUUGACCGGAGCUGCUAUUUACCACAAAUAUUAUCACUACCUGUACACUCAUUUCUUGCCUGCCAGCCUGAAGAACAUGGUGGACCAACUGGCCAAUUGUGAGGACAUUUUGAUGAACUUUUUAGUGUCCGCUGUGACAAAAUUGCCUCCAAUCAAAGUAACACAGAAAAAACAAUAUAAGGAAACCAUGAUGGGACAGACUUCCAGGGCUUCUCGGUGGGCUGACCCAGACCACUUUGCUCAGCGGCAGAGCUGCAUGAACACUUUUGCCAGCUGGUUUGGCUAUAUGCCGCUGAUCCAUUCUCAGAUGAGGCUCGAUCCUGUGCUCUUUAAAGAUCAAGUCUCCAUCCUGAGGAAGAAAUAUCGAGACAUUGAACGACUUUGAGGAGCCCUGCUUAAAGGGGGGAGGGAGAGGGGGGAUCCGGACUGUUCGGGUGGCCCAGCACAAACCCACUGACUCGUGGAGCCAGACUGAACCAAGAACAAAACAGAAACACAAAAUGCAAACUCUUUUAACUUGCCAAUGGAAAAGCCAACUAGCGCUGGCUCCAAAGGGAAACCUCCUUGUGUUGGACUUCUUCAAAGCCACCUCACCGGCUGCAGGUUGCUCAAGACUAGGCUGUGUACAGUUUCAUUAUGGAACAUUAAAUAAUUAUUUUUUGAAAUGAUUGCUAUGCAGGUUUAAACUUUUUUAAUGAUAAAAACCCUAUUAAAAA